AUGACUUUGUUUAAUCGAAUACUGCUUAUUUAUUCUGUAAUACAGAUUUUGAAAUCUGAUCCAAUAAAUCGUAAUAUAAUAAUUGAUGAUAAUUUUGAUGACUGGUUAAAUGUUCCAUCCUAUAGUGAUCCAAUGGAUAAUAUAAAUGGUACAGUUUAUCAAGAAAGUCCAUGGUUUCCUUCAAUAGAAAUUCCCGAUUGUCAUGAUACAGAUUCGAACAUGCCAACUGAUAUACCAAAACAUAUUUACAAUCCAAAUGUAAAUAUAAUUGAAUUUAAAAUAGCUCACGAUACUACAUCAUUGUACGUAUAUUGUCGUGUGGUUGAUGGUGGAGUCAUUGGUAAGACUUCAGUUGGACCGCAUGCAUUUAAUCGAAGUGAUCCAUCAAAACCGUCAGCUGGAAGAUUUUAUAUAAUAACAGCAAUGAAUGUUGAUAUGAAUGAUACAACAGGUGCUUGGUUACAUGGAGGUGGUUAUUAUCCAACUGCACCCGGAUUUGAUGGAAAUUUUGAAUUUGAAUUCUUCAAUGGUACAUACAAUCAAGGUGCAUAUGUUGAUUAUGGUGCUAAUAAUACUAAUGAGACAAGUUAUACAAGAGAACAAAUUAUACAAAACAAGUUUGUAUUGCGUCCUGCCACUUCUGGAUAUUUCACUCAAUAUGUUUAUUGGACACAAAAGCCAACUCCAGAUGAAAUCAAAAGAUGUUUAGAUGGACCAUAUGAAUUACCUAAUCCAUAUAAUAAUAGUUAUAUCUGUUUUAGUAAAGAUUUAGCACCAGGACCAUACAAUGGCAUUGUAACUUAUGCACAGAGUACAAAAGGUAACGAAAUCGAAAUGCGAGCACCAUUUCAAGGAUUAUUAUUAAAUAAAGAUACAGGCCUGCCAACUUUACAAUUAGGAAUGACAAUAAAUAUAACAAUAUCAUUUGAGACAGGUCCAGAAUAUUCAUUACCGCAAGAAUGGGUCUCGGAUACAACACCAACAAUUCAAUAUACACUAUCAGAAAGAUAG